UUGGGUUUGAAAAAGAAAGGUCUUGACUGGGAAACAUUUUGUCAGGGAGCAAAACAAACAUAGAAAAGCCCAAUCAGUUUGGACUCAUUUGAAACACAGUCUUUGUAGAGAGAAAGGUUAGUAGCCACAGAAACAGAAUGACAUUUUCAGUGUCUGUUGGUUUUAUUUAUUUAUUUUCUUUUUCCUUGCAAAGUUGAGACUAAAAUCAGAAAAAGAAGAAUGCAUGAAGAAUGCUGCAUAUAACCUUGGUGUCGCAGAUGCUAUAAAAUCACAGAGGAAUCAGAAAUGCCACUUUUCUGAUUGAUGAACAAAAAGCUGAACUGAAGAAACAUCAAUUUGAGCAGAGAGAAAUGUAUAAGAAAGCACUGGAAUACCAGCUGAAACACAGGCCUUCCAGACUGCCCAUCUAUGAGCCCAUGGGCACCUUCACCAACUUUGGGCAGAAUGAGAAGACCCUGGAGGCCGAGAAGCGGCAGAGAAAUAUUGAAUACAUGAAGCAGCAGGUGGAAGCCGCUGCAGGCCACAAAAGACAGCUUAUCCUCAGCCACAUAAAAAAUCUGCAGCAAGAAAAAGAAAUGCUCCAGAAAAACCAAGAAAAGCAUUUAGCAGAAAGAUGUGCAGAAGAGGAUCGAAGGAACACCAUCAAUCAACACCUGAGAAAAGAAUGGGAUAAAGAUGUUGUGCUGAAGCAUCAGCGAGAUGAAGAUGCCAAGGCCUUUGACAAGUAAUUGCCUUCUGGGGUUGCAAGUUGCCUUCUC